GAGCAGUGGGAGUCCCCGUUUUGGGUUCCAGGCACAACGAUCGCCUAGCUUGGCCUCCCCGCGCCCCCUGCCCAUCGUUCGCUCGCUUUCUUAACCACCGCCGCCACCCACUAACACCACCGACAGCUGAUCGCUGCCGCGUACACAACAGGAGGGGAAAUAGAGGGCGGCCGCGCAGACUACAGCCCGGACAGGGAGCCCGCCACACUCGUCUUCUUGUGGCACGGCACGGCACGGCCCCAAGGGGUGGAGUUGGAACACCGCCACAAGCGACUAUCACGUCGACGGACCUCGCCCUCGCCCUCGCCCUCGCCCUCGCCGCCGCCUGACCGGGUCAUCAACCACCCACGCCUUGCUCUGCCGUCCUCUUGGCCGGACGCCCGCUCGUGAGGAGAGAGAGACAGCCACACAAUGGCCAACAUGAUGAACCGCAUCUGGUCUGGGCCCGCCGACCAGGAAACACCAAAAGCGUCGCUGUCGUCUGCCAAGUCCGAGGAGCGCAACCCGUUCGAUGCACUAACGCCGGCACCAGCACCAGCGCCGGCCCCGACGCCGGCCGCGGCCAGUGGCGCACCCAACGACCGGCUGGCUCCCUCGUCGAUGGCGCACCAGCGGGGCGACAGCGGGGGCAGCCUCAAGACGAUGCUGCAGCAGCAGCCGGGCGACGGCCUCCGGACGCCCGGCGGCGUCACGAGCCAUGCGAGCGUGCCCACGACGAGUGUGUCGACGACUGCCCCGGACUUCACCAUGAAGCUGCCGCCGGCCAAGGCCAAGCCAGAGACGAGCAGCGCAGGCAGCGCGACGGCCACAAGGAACACGUCGGCACCCAGGGGCCGCCUCACCGUCAAGCUCGUCGGUGGCCGCAACCUGGGCGCCCACGUGGGCCAGCCCUACGCCGUGGUGUCGUUUGAGCAGAACGAGUUCAUCGCACGCAAGCCGCUGGCCAAGGGGGCCCGGUCAUCUGCCUCCGCCUCCUCGUCGCACGACGGCGCGCAGGACAACCCCGUGUGGGACCACGAGGCCGCCUUUGAUGUUGUCUACCCGGACAAGCCCGUCUUUGUCAGCGUCUACGACCGCGACGCCGCCGAAGAGGGCUUCCUGGGCAUGCGCCUCAUCCGACCACGCAUGGUCCACGGCGUGUCGACCGACCAGUGGUACCCGCUCGUCGCCCGCGACGACGCCGAGGAGGACGACCAGCAGGGCCGGGGCGAGAUCCGGGUGCAGCUGCGCUACGAGCGCCUCACAUCCAAGAAGCACCUCACCCCUGCCGACUUUGACUUUCUCAGCCUCAUUGGCCGGGGCACCUUUGGGCGUGUGUUCCAGGUGCGCAAGCGCGACACGAAGCGCAUCUAUGCCAUGAAGGUCCUCUCGAAGCGCGAGAUUGCGCUCAAGAAGGAGGUCACACACACGAUGGGCGAGCGCAAGAUUCUCGAAAAGUCCCUCGAUUGCCCCUUUCUCGUCGGGCUCAAGUUCAGCUUUCAGUCGGCCCAGGAGCUCUACUUUGUCACCGACUACAAGUCGGGCGGCGAGCUCUUCUGGCACCUCCAGCGCGAGGGCCGCUUCACCGAGGAGCGCGCCCGCUUCUACAUUGCCGAGCUCGUCCUCGCCCUCGAGCACCUGCACAAGUACGACAUCGUCUACCGGGACCUCAAGCCAGAGAACAUCCUGCUGGAUGCCACGGGCCACGUGGCCCUCUGCGACUUUGGCCUCAGCAAGCCCGACCUGGGCGCUGGCCAGCUGACCAACACCUUUUGCGGCACCACCGAGUACCUGGCGCCCGAGGUGCUCCUCGACGAGAGCGGGUACAGCAAGCUCGUCGACUUUUGGAGCCUGGGCGUGCUCCUGUUUGAAAUGUGCUGUGGCUGGAGCCCCUUUUACGCCGAGGACACGCAGCAGAUGUACCGCAACAUUUGCUUUGGCAAGAUCAAGUUCCCACGCGGCGCCAUUGGCGACGACGGCAAGCAGUUUGUCAAGGGUCUUCUCAACCGCAACCCCAAGCACCGCCUGGGUGCCGUCAACGACGCGGCGGACCUGCGCAACCAUGCCUUUUUCAAGGACAUUGACUUUGAGGCCCUGUCGCGCAAGCAGCUCACGCCGCCCUUUAAGCCCUCGGUCGAGUCGGACGAGAGCGUGGCCAACUUUGACCCCGAGUUCACCGAGACGGACCUGAAGCAGAUGGCUUUCAUUCCCGGCUUUGACGGCGACGCCAAUGCGAGCAAGGCGGCCAUCCACAACGGCGCCAUUCUCAACAACAACGGCAGCGGCGGCGAUGGCCCGCACGGCGUGGCCAUUGGCAAAGACGGCGCCAAGGAUGCAGGUGUAGGCCCAAAAGCUGUCGCCGGUGUCGCUGGCGGGAAAAGUGGAGACGGUGGCGACGACGACGACGACGACGACAACCCGCUCUCGAGGAGCGUGCAGGACAAGUUCAGAGGGUUCAGCUACAGCGGCACGUACGACGGCAGCGUCGCCGGCAGCUUCGGCGGGCGCCGUGGCUCGGGCGGCUUUGGCCUGGCGGGCGCGAGCCUGGGCAUGAGCAAGAUGCAGAUGGACGACGACGACGAUGACGAUGGCAAUGACGACGGCGGGCCGAGGCGGGCGAGCCAUGCGCAGCACAACGGCGGCGAUGCAAAGAUGAGCGAGGCAGAAGAAGAGGCCGCGGGCAGGCCGGUAUCUGACGUAGACAUGGACCCUUGAUGACGACCGUAUCCUCCUCCCCUCCCCCUAAUCUCUUUCCUCUUCCUGGAGCCUGCCCCUUUCUUAUGUCUUGUCUCUCUUGUCUCUCCUGUCUCAACCUGAUGUACUUGUGUGGAGCUUGAAUCCGUCAGUUUCCAGUUCUUUACUUGGAAAGAGACGCGUCCGUUCUGAAAAGUAAAAGAAAAAAGUGCAAGAGGAGUGCAGAUCUUCUCGCAGGCGACUGGGCGCACAGAAGCUCGCAAGAACAGAGGCACAUCUGCCCCUCUAGCAUGACGGGGGCCAGAGGCGUGGCGCUGUCGAGCUGCGCGCGGCUGGGGAGAGGAGCUGCGGUGACAGGGACAGCCACGGCGACGGCCACGGCGACAGUCACGCGGCAGGCGGCGACGCUGUCGACGACGGCGCCUCUGAUGGG